AUGCUCGUUCGCUGGUCGCAGUGCUCGCUCGCUGCCAAGUCUCCGCACUCAAAUCUCAUUACACUCACUCAACCAAUGUCAACACCAAAGAAACCGUUCUCUGCUGUGAACAUCGAAAAGACCGACUCCGUGGUCAAUCUCACCAAACCUCCGUUGUACUCCAUCUACAACGAAUCAUCAGUCACCGCUUUGAAUGGAGAAGACGACGAAGACGAUGGCCUUUAUAUCACCAAGACUCACGCCCCUCAAGAAGUCCCCGUCCAAACCUCCCAGUCACUCCCAGUAAUGGUAGUAAAGUUUGUGGCUAAAGUGUUAUUCUUAGCAGUAUUUGCCUUCAUUUACAACGAAGUGUCACAAAAGCUUCGUAACGACCACAUUAAGUUAGACAAAUUGACAUUCCAGCCAUUGUACGUUACGGAGAUUCUUUUAACCAACUCGCUCCGGACAUUGAAACCCUUGGCGUACUUUACUGCCGAUGGAUGGUGGAACUACGCGGCAGUUUUAGUGAUCCAAGGACUUAUUAUGGGAGUUUUCCACCCCAUCAUGGAUUUUGCUAUGCCCCCCCAUUUGAACAAGAGGUUACUCUCUUCGAACCCCAACCCUGGAAAGUCCAACAUCGUCAAUGAUGUGUUGAGAUCUUUGAUCACUUUCAUGGGGAUCAGUUAUGCCAUUAGACACAUCGAAUGGUCUAACCAGUUACAGGUGUCGAUAGUGUGGUCAUUGUUAAGUCCAGGAUUGUGGUUGAUCUUGGACGGAACUUUAGGGGGAUUGGUAGCAUCUUUGGCGUUAUCGACCUAUGGAUGUUUAUUGAUCUAUGUCACUAAUGUGGAUGUGUUCCGUCAGUACGGUACGGUGUUACAGCCACAGGAAUUUGCACCUAUUUGGUUAUGGACGGCGAGUUUCUUCUUCUGUGGGGUGAUUAUAUUCGGGACCUUAGGGAGGGCUUUGUUCUAA